AUGAUCGAAGAGCUCCUUGAAAGCAUGACGCCUGGGCAGGCCAUUCUGUGGUCUCUGGGUAUAUUCACCGUGGUCUUGAUGCUUCGGAGAAUUCAGACACAGAUCCAGAUCUCGCGCCUCGGUGCCAGGGCUCCCAAGAUCUCAUUCCGUCUUCCCUACGCUCUCGACUUUAUUUAUAAGGGCCAGAUCGCCAGUCUUGCACACAAGGAUCUUGACUUCUGGGGGGAUACCAUAUUGUCCGCUGGAGGCAAAACGAACGUCAAGACUGCCGAGGUCGAUGCUGGUGUCUCCACGCGGGCGAUUAUGACUUUGGACCCUGAGAACAUCAAGGCACUUUUGACUGGACAGUUUGCCGACUUUGGAAAGGGUGAGCCAUUCCAUAAGGAUUGGAAGGAAUUCUUAGGGGACAGUAUCUUCGUUACAGAUGGAGAAAUGUGGUCGCGGUCGCGCCAGCUGAUCAGGCCUAUGUUCGUCCGAGACCGCAUCGUCGAUACCGAGAUCUUUGAGAAGCAUGUCCAGAAGCUCAUUUCGCUUCUCGGAGGAAGCCAAUCUCCUAGUGGAAGCAAGGUGGUCGAUGUUGGGCCGCUCUUCUUCCGAUAUACUCUCGACGCCGCUACAGACUACCUGCUGGGCCAGGGCACUGACAGCUUGGAGAACCCGGCGACACGCUUCGCGGAAGCGUUCAGAUAUGUACAACAACGACAAGCCGAGUUGUUCCGAUUUGGCGUCUUCAACUUUGCCAUGUCACGCAAAGAAUUCCGCCGCAAUCUGAAGAUCAUGGACCGGUUCAUCCAGCCAUAUAUCGAAACCGUCCUAUCUUUAUCAGCCGACGAACUCGACCAUAAGCUCUCAAAGCGCGAGACCUUCCUCGAUGCUCUGGCUCGCUUCACUCGCGACCCCCAAGUUCUCCGAGACCAACUGGUCGCCGUGCUGCUCGCAGGCCGAGACACAACCGCCGGAACACUAUCCUUCUGUCUCUUCGAACUAUCGCGCAACCCCGAAGUCGUCGCCAAACUGCGCGAAGAAAUCCGCGAACGUCUAGGCGUCGGCGCCGACGCCCAGAAACCCGAAUACACAGAUCUCAAGGAGAUGAAAUACCUCAACGCCGUAAUCAACGAAACAAUGCGCUUCUAUCCUGUUGUUCCAUUCAACGUGCGCUAUUCACUCCGCGACACAACUCUCCCUCGCGGCGGUGGUCCAGAUGGCCGAGAGCCCGUCGGUGUACGCGCAAACUCGCGAGUUAUCUACUCAACUAUGCUGAUGCAGCGCGAUCCCGAUCUUUAUGAUGGGCCCGAAUCGAAAAAUUACUAUGAUCCAGGAAAAUGGAUUCCCGACCGCUGGGUGUCCGGAUGGUCGCCGAAACCGUGGCAGUUUAUUCCGUUUAAUGGUGGGCCGCGCAUUUGCAUUGGGCAGCAGUUCGCGACCAUUGAGAUGGGCUAUACUAUUAUCCGCAUCUUACAGACUUAUGAGCGGAUUGUUGCGCUGCCGGUCAGUGGGAAAGAUCGCGUUGAAGAUCCCGUUCUGCGGUUUGAGGUUACCUUGAGCCCUGGGUCCGAGAUGAAUUGCGUCUUUUUGAAGGAGGGAGAGGAUUUUACUCGGCUUGGAUCUAAGAUUAAGGUUGCUGCUUAA